AUGGAGGGAUCAUCCCGGCAAAGAAAGAUUGAGCUCGCAGCAAGUUUCCUUGCCCACCCUGCGGUGCAAUCAAGCGACUGGGAGAAGCAGAAGAGGUUCUUGAAAGCAAAGGGACUGGAUGAGCAAGAAAUCGAUCAGGCACAUUUGUCGUACUUGACAGGAAAGUCCCCGACCUGGCCCUUGAAGCCUCUUGCGGUGGAUGACGAUACUCUUCUGGCAGGCUUGGCCCUUCCAUCUGUGUCUGUGCCUGCCCGGCCACAAGGCAUGGUCUCCAAGAGCGAUCUGGCAGAGAAACUCUUGGACUUGGAGGAUGAUAUGCCGUUGUCUUCCCUACCGGCAGCUGCUCCGAAAGCCUCCCAAACUCCAACGAAAGCGACGCCGACAGACGCCGACAGCGACAGUAGUUCUGACAGUGACAGCAGCUCCAGCUCUACAUCCUCAGACUCUGAUGAUGUACCCUUGACCACACUGGCCACUGCUCCGGCGACGGCUCCAACUCUGCAAGGCCAAGCCCGCUUGGCACCGAAAGCCAAGGCGAAGGUCCUUGCGAAGCCGCAGCAAUCCAAGGCACCGGAACCCGAACAAAAGGAAUCCUCGUCCUCCUCCUCUUCCUCCUCCUCCUCUGCACCGGUAAGACCGGUAAGAAGCCAGACUGCUGCGGCAACAAGUGGCUCCGUCAAGACAACUGCUCGACAGGUGGCAGUUCGAUACCGAAGUGAUGCUGCGCUCUGGCCACGAGAAGCUGCAACUUCAGCACUGACUCGCGAACAGCGUGCCAAGCUGACGCGAUUAGCCGUUCAGUUCAGCAAGCCGCUGCAGGACUGCUUGGAGGACAUGCAAGAUUUGCAGAAGAAGAUAUCCGAGUUUCGUCGCGACUGCCCCGGCAAGCAAGAGCUGGUCAAGACCCAUGCGGAGCUUGAGGCAGAAGCAGAAAAAUACAGGAGCAGAUGGAGCGAUGCAGUCAACAAACUAAUUGCGACAUGGCAGCUGAGCACGCCUGUGGAGAUGUCUCCUGCACAAGGUGUUCGGCCGCAGAUCGUGCGUGGAAAGCGAUGGUACAUUGCUUGUCUCGAAAGCCCUGGAAUGAAGCGUGUUCUUGGGCCACUGCGUCCAACCGCGGAAGAGGCCUCGCGGGACUAUUCCGUUAUGUCCGGGCACCGCAAAGACAAGUCUGCAACCAAGGCUGAGGAAGCCCUUCGAGCAGAGGUGACUGCAGUGGCCGAAGUCGGAGAAUCAGCGGACGUGGCCCUGUCGAAGCAGUCGGCCACCGCCCCCUCACAAGCCCAGGAAGAGGCGAAGGCUCGAGAAGGGGAGACUCAGCCUCCCAAGCGAAGCUGCGGAAGUGGAGAAUCUACGGAAUGCACGAUUUUUGUCCACAAUGCAUGUAGCCUCGGUCACGAGAGCAAUGGUGGCCACACAAGAGGUGCAACAAGGUGCUGCCAUGUGCCGGAGCAGCCACCGCCAACAUUCCUGAAUCCGCCCUGGAUCCCCGGCAUGACACCGCUGGAGCCCUCGCUGGGGAUCCAUGCCACCUUUGUCGAAGAAGGUGCAGCAGAAGCUGAAGAAGAAUCACUGCCAGUAGCUGGGGAGUCGCUGUUCUCAGUCGUCUCCCGAAAGGAGGUGGAGGCCAGAGAGCUUCGGAAGAAACAGCUGGAAGCAUUCUGCGAGAAGCGGCAGGAGGUGCGUCUUUCGCAGGCAGGCGCAGUGGAUGGGAUCCCAGACUGGCUGCUUGACGCUUCGUCUCUACUGGAUGAAUUUUAUCAGGCUUUGGGCCAGCGAUCUGGGGGGCUGGAGCGAUUCCGGACCGUCAUUGCGGAGGCUGCCAAACGGCUGGACGACGAAGAGUGGGAGCAGUUCAGAAGGAUGCCUUUUGACGCCACUCAUCGCCAGGAUUUGCACGUGUUCUCGCGCCUGGUGGCGGAUGCAGAGCCGCACUGGAAACGGCUGAUGGAAGAUCCCGCGCGCAGCUUUAGCAAUGUUUCCCGGCAGGCCAUUGUUCGCGAGUAUUUGUACAUUGGUCCCGACAUGGAGCCGCCAGCUGCAGAGGCUGUUGAGAGCGUUUUCUAUGUCUCCCAGAAGGCCUUGCUCGUCGUCAAGAUGAAGCUGAAGAACGAAGAGGAGAUACCACCGGAAGUUCUUCGUUCCUUCUCGUUUCCAGGCGACCACGAGGAAGAUCAAAUGCUGAUUCCGGUCGAUCUGAGUGUGCUGGACAAGCAUUUUCCAGCAGAGGAGGAGGACACACAGGAGCUGUUUGAUCAGUUCGACAGAUUGAAUGUAGACCUCAUCAUUGAGAAGUUAGGCUCAAAGAAAGCCGGUGAAGUUUUCGUCGAGGCGCAGCAGGCCUCCCUCGCCAAUCGGAACAGUGAGGAUCCGGACAUGAGAGCUCAGCCGAUGUCAGUCGCUGAGUGGAGACGACUUUGGGCAGGUUGUGAGGAGGACUUGGAGGAGGAAGUGCUUGAGGAGGAUCAAGAAGUGAAUGAGGAAGCCAAUGAAGGUGAUGAUGAUGUCGAGGAAGGCUUGAGGGACCCCAGCGAGCAGAUGAUGGCGUAUUUUCAACGCCGAGGCUGGAGCAUGCAUCGUGCUCCUCCAGUCUUGCCCAAGCCCUUUGACAAACAAGCUGGAGAAGCAGAUGGUCCGGAUGGGUAUCAGCUUGCGGUUCUAGACCUCACCUUCCCCUGUGACGCUCCACAAGAGGGCGCGGAGGUGGGCUUGUCGAAUCCAAGGGGCGAUCUCUCCGAGAAUGAUGCUGACGCUGCAGUCGAAGUUCUGGAAGAGAAAGGAUUCAGAAUCGGCAGCGACGCAGAACUCGAUGAUUUGGUACGUGAUGUGCUGCAGGAUUCCGCAGAGCAACAGGUCACCUGGGCACCUGGAGCGGGUCCGGCACCUCGCCUUUGCGGAUUGCCGCUCAAAGCUAGCGGCUUCGGGAAGAUUGGCGUAUCGCGCAGCGAUGAUGUGCGCAGGCGGCUUCACACAAUCCAGGGAGCCUUGGCCGAAGCGCUCCGCAACCUCCAGACGGGCGGUGUUUUGGUUGCAAGCUGGUGCGGCCUUCCCACUCAUCCUGUGCUGCCGUUUCUGACGAAGCAACUUCGGCCAGGAUUUCGCCGUGUACAUAUUUUGGUACCCCCGGACUGCGUGACCUUUGAGACAUACAUCGUUGCUGCAGAGUUCGACCCAGCUGGGCACAACAGCCGGCCAGAUCCUGUCCCUCUGCGACCCCGCGAGAGUAGAAACUCGCUGCUGGGCUUGGAGCCUGCCGAGAUGUGUAAGUUCAACUUCCUAAAUUGGUUGCGGAGUCCGCUGCGGAGUUGGUCAACAGGUUACGACGAUGUUUUGGCAUGGACGUUGAACUUCAGACGUGAGAUCUACGAAGAGUGUUUGCCAAAAUACAAGGACACAGUCGUGAACGAUGUGCGUGCCGACGCGGCUUACGAUCGCCCCUGGCUGACGAACAUGCCCGCGAAGUCUCAUGUGGCUCGGUCGGCGCCCCUGGACAUGGAGGCUCGCUUCGAUGAGAUGUGGUCUAUCUACGCGACCAAGCUCGGGCUAUUGAUGAACAAGCUUGAGCCGCAUUCGCUUGAUCCAGAGCUUAUGCCUGAAAAGCCCCCGUACCGGUUCAAUGCUACCACCAGCUGGAGUGUGCCGAGACCCAUCCUUCCACCGGCGGAGCUGGUCAUACUGCCCCAGAGGAAGCAGAUGACGACCGAAGGGGUACCUGAAGAGAGAUCUGAAUCCAAAGUGGAGGUCAGCACACUGGGAUCGAAGUCAACACCAUCCAAGUCGCGAAGUCGCUCAAAAGGAGGCUCAAAAGAGCAUUCGAAGAGAGGCCGUACGAAAAGCAAGGAGUCUGGCAAGAUCAAGAGCGGGGCCUGCGAAACAUUGCCCAACGACUCGUCUACCAGUUCGGAGAAGCCCACCGCGGGCAUCUCAGCCUCGGAAAUCUCCGGCUCGUCCUCCGCCACGGCUCCGACUUCGGCAAUCCCGAUUGUGUUGGAGCAAGAAGGUGUCUCGGAGGAGCCUCCCGUGGCUCAGACUGCCGAUGGGAAGCUUGAGCCUCCCGGAGAUGCUGCACCUGACCCGGGUUCCGGCAAUGACGGCCUGACUGCUCCUGCCAACCCGCAAGAUCCGGAGAUCGAUUUGUUUGAGGAGUUGCCACAGCCAGUGAAACGGCACAUCGCCCGGCCACAAGUUGCAGGGCGAGCACAGUGCACGAUGUGGAUGAGCUCCACCCUUGGAGCAGCACCAGGCAUCGGCCCGGAUCCAGUAGCACUGACAAACAGCAGUUCAUGGCUCAGCGCUGCGUUGGAGAAGAUACCGACCUUUUAUGCACAUGAGGCCCUGCCCACUUUGUACAGACGACCGUGGCCCAAAGCAUUGCAGCGGUCCCCAUACGAGCAGGUCCUGUCAUCCACUUCUGCUGAUGCGUCUCGGCCACGCAGCGCCACCAGCGGCGUCGCCACUGCCAAAAGGCUGGCAGGCGCCGUCCCAUCGCGCAACCGGCCGAGCUCCACCUCGGGACGACGGGGAGCGAAAGUCUCUCCAAAGCGCCAGACUGCAGAGUCAAAGUCGAAGGAUCCUGCUCGUCCCCACUCUGCGGCGUCCCGCCUCGGGCGUGCCGCGACGCUGCCUUCCGUCACGCAGCGUCCUGCAAGUCGCCAGAAUUCGCCUUUUGCCAUGGGGUUGUAUCUCGACAACCACCUCGUGGUCUGUGGCUCGGCCAAGGUGCUCCUGAGUGCAGCCGUGGCCUCGGCUUAUGCCACGUUCCCCCUGAAGAGUCAAGCCAUGGGCCUCUCACAUACCCAGCGGGCCGAGGUGCUCUCUGCAUAUCCCCUACUUUACCUGGCUAUGCUUUUCCCUGCUGGCGCAGUCUGUGACAGGAUUGAGGGGGCACGACUGGCAAUGGCGCUGGGCUUGGCAGGACUGGCCAUCAGUGUUUGUGGUUUUGGAUACUCCACUUCUCUGGUGAUGCUGGGCAUGAUGCGCAGUGCGCAGGGCCUAGCCAGCUCGGCAGCGGACGUUUCCUCAGCAGCAUUGGUGGCCGCUGUAGCAGGGACGAGGCUGGGCUACAUGGAAGGUGUUCUGGAGUCCUGCGAAGCUUUGGGUUGGAUCCUGGGACCACCCAUAGGUGCCUUCUUGUACGACUCUGUGGGCUUUGCUGCGGCCAACUGCAUUUGGGGUCUACUGGCCGCUGGUCUUGUCGCGCCUGUCUUACACCUGGCCACACCGGGUGUAUGCAAGCUGCUCGAGGAAGAGCCUGAGUCCGCCGAUAACGGAGAAGUUCAAACUGAUGCAGACCUGGUGAGUUAUGCAAGGCUUCUGAUCCGCCUGUCUGCACAGGGAAGCCCAAUUUUUGCCUACGGUGCUUGCAGCGGCGCCAUGUACUCCGGGCUGGCAUUGCACAACAGGGCCAUAGGAACUCAGAGGAGCGCCUUACUUCAGUUGCUGGUGGCCGUCAGCUACCUUUUUGCUGCACCGGUGGUGGGCAGACAGUGCGAUGAAUGUGCAGGAGAUUGGGCGGCCUUGAGCAAGAAGCUGGCUAUGGGCUGGGCCAUUCUGUUCGUGGGUUUUGGUCUCCUGGCGACGGAUGCCGGCAUACCCAGCAUGGCGCUGGGCUUGCUUCUCCUGGGCUUGGGGGAGGCCUUCGUCUUACUCCCUUCGUAUCCCAGAUUAACUUUGGAAUGCCCUCACCGUCCCGGGUUGGUAUCUGCCGUGUUCAACGGGAUGUGGGCCCUUGGUCAGGCCUCCGGGCCAUUCAUCUUGGCGUUGGUCUCCUGGUCGCAGGCCCAUUCGGGCAAUCGGUGUAAGACGUUCCUGCAGGUUUUUACUUGA